GUAUUGUUGGGCCCUUCAGCGUUCUUUUGAUUUAACAAGGUUGGACGGAGUUUGUUCUCCUUUCGAGAUGAGAUGAUUUCCAGGGUUUGAUUAGAUGGUCGGCUGAAAGCUUCUCCUGAUGGAUGGAAGCUCUUAUAAUUCCCUUUCUAUUGCACACCGACUGCGUGAGGUACAUUGCAUUUGGCUGCGAGUCUCGAUGCGUGUCCACCCACUGGUACCCUUCAAUUUGGACCCAACCGCUCGGUUGGCGGCGGGGGCGCCUCUUUUCGUCCGGUGUGGCUGUUAGGUACAAAUUCUGGGAUUUGGGUGUGUUCAUUUCUCCCUACUUUUACCAUUACCUUUCUGGACUUUCCCUUGCAUUGCCAUUCAGAUCCAGCAUGGACAAUUUCCCCUGGUAUCUUCGUUUCUCUUCAUUACCUACUUUUUCAUAUGUCCCGCCGGUGUUGCACCUCUCAACUUGCCAUCGAUCAAGAUGUGAGCUUAUCGAGACUUCCUUCUGUUUUCUUUUUCUCUUCUUUUUCUUUCUUCUUUUACCAGCCAGUCUAAUGACUGUCGAAGAUACCUGUGCUGAGUCAUAAGUUCUUUUUCUUUUUUUUUUCCCACUUUUCUUCCUGCUUUCAAUUCUCCCUCUUACUUACAUUUUACCCAUACCACCUACUUUGCUGAUAUCCCGAAUUGUUCGCGUCUGGUUCUUAUCACACCUAUGUCUCCAUGUGGUGUUGUUUCCUUAAAACAGGAGGUGUAAUUUACAAGCGCUGGAUGAAAGGAAUGCUAUAGUGCCAACUCUGUGGAAGUGCGCUUAGUCGAGUCCUAAUUAAUCAAACCGUUCCUCAAGCAGAUCUCUCUUUCGUGUAGUUUUGUA